AUGGCUCUCUGGGAACAAGGAAGUGGUAGCGGUUUUCAACAACGAAAAAUUGCUAGCGAAAAUGAUGGCAGUAAUGGUCAACGUUCAACAAUUAAAGGUGUAUUGGCAUGUACAAUAGCAACAAUUCUCAAUGCAAAACAUUCCGAGUCGGAUAACUGUUUUGUUUAUAAACAUUUAAAAUUUAAUACAUGUAUGGUUAUGGGUUUAAUUCGUGAAGCAAAUCAUGAAGUCAAUAAUAGUUUAGCUACAUAUCAUAUUGAUGAUCAUUCUGGUGAUUUACUUGAAAUAAAAUGGUGGCAUGAUGAUUCCGGUGAACCAUUGAAACCAUUAACUUAUAUUAAAGUAAUUGGUCAAGUGAAAACUUUUGGUGGUAAAGCUCAUAUUGUAGCACAUACUGUUAGUAAAAUGAAAUCAUUAAAUGAAUUAAUUUCUCAUUCAAUUGAAUGUAUAUAUGCGAGUAUGAGUAUUCGAAAACAAGGCGAACUUAUGGGAACAUCUAUGACAAUAAAUAAUAAUUCUGAUCGAAAUAAUCUUCAUAGUCAACAAACAUUAACAAUAUCGAAUGGUUUUACACCUGUUCAAAAUGCUGUUCUUAAUAUUUUAAAAACUGUAACAUCAAUGACUGGUUAUAGUGUAACAGAAAUAUGUAAACAAGUAAAACAAUUUAAUGAAUAUCAAGUCAAACAAGCUUUGGAAUUUCUUUCGGGUGAAGGUCAUAUUUAUUCAACAACAGAUGAUGAUCAUUUUCGUGCUGCUUGCAAUUAG